UCCGCCCAAAUUGUUCGGUUCCCAGCCGCCCGGUUUAGAGGAAGUCCUUAUCAACCGACGAGAAGGCAACUUCACUCUCUGCAUCUCAAGCUUCGAUCUUUGCCUUUCUCUUCCGACUGGAGAUAGUAAUCUGCCUCGAAACCCUAAUCCGCCAUGAAUUUCUUCAAAUCGGUCUUCUCCGACGAGCCCGAACCCAUCAACUCGGAGUCAUCCUUCCCCAAACCCGAACCACAUUCAACGGACAAGCAAGAUCAAGGUCGGGAUCCUCCGCAACAUCAGACUCCAUUGAGCUCCAAUCCUAACCCUAGCAGUGGUUGGGACUUCGGGGGCCUGAUCAAGACCUUGACGAGCAAAUCCGAAUCCGUGAUCGAGACCUACCGCCGGGAUCUCGAGGAGUUUGGGUCCGGCCUGAAGAAGGAGAUCGAGGUGGCUCACGGUUCUCUCGGGACCGUCGGACAAGCCAUUGACGAGUUGGGGUCCUCCGUCCUCAAAGGGACCGCAGAGAUCAUCGCCCAGGGUAAGGACGUCAUCCUCUCUGCUGAUCGCAGGUUCGAGGACUCUCCGCGGGGGAGUGCCAUGGGCCAGGAUGGCGAUCAGACUUACCAGAGGUACAGCAGGUUCGAUGCUCAGGUGCGUGCUAUCCAGGGCGAUGCCGGGACGUACUGUGAUGAGCCGGAGGAUCUGGAUGACUAUAAGAAGUGGAAGCUGGGGUUUGAUUUGGGGGAGAAGAGAGAAGAAAUUAGAGUUCUUUCCGAGGAGAAUGAUGUCGUGAAGAGCCUUUACGAGAAGGUGGUUUCGGAUACCGUUGAUGACAAUACAUUCUGGUGCAGGUACUUCUAUCGGAUUCAUAAGCUUGAGCAAGCUGAGAGCUUUAGGGCUAGUCUUGUGAGGAGAGCGAUCUCGAGCGAGGAGGAGGAGCUCAGUUGGGAUGUGUAUGAUGAUGAUGAUGAUGAUGAGGGCGAAAAGGUAGAGGGAGUGAAUGUGGUUAAACCGAAGAAUGGGGACUCUGAGAAAAUUGAGCAUGAGAAUUCUAACGUGAAGGAGGUGUCUAGUGAAGCUGAUCGUGGAGAUGAUGUUUCGAAAAGAAAUUUAGCUGGGAAAGAGAGGAUCCAUAAUGAAGCCAUAAAAGAGGGCACGGCCGCUGGUGAAUUGCAAGAAUCCCGGGGAAGCUCGGAUGAUGAGAAGGGAGAGGAUGUGACGAAGGUGGAGACUGGUGAGAAGUCAGCAAGUGGCCGAGACACGCCUCUGGAAAGCGGGCAUGUCGAAAAGGAAUCUGAGACGGACAAGAGUGAUUCAAAACCAGAACAUAGUACUAAUGUUAUUUCAGAUGCUAACACUAAACCAGAGAAAUCUAGUAAAGAUCAUGAAACCGCCCAAGGAAUGAGCCAACCUUCAGCUCUAGAGGAGGAAGACCUUGGUUGGGAUGAGAUUGAGGAUCUGAGCAGCAUUGAUGACCAGAAAGCAUCUCAUGGAGGGAAUCCAAGCCCGAACAGGGCUGAGCUGACAAAGCGGCUCAGUGCUGCUGAAGACGAAGAAGAUUUGUCUUGGGACAUUGAGGAUGAUGACGGGCCUGCCAAAGCUUGAUUCAGCUCAGGUUGUGCUAGAGGUGGUUCUUUCAGAUUUGUUCGUGGUUCUUGCGCUGCUGUUGAGGAGGACUUUCUUCUUGACAUCUUAGUCGAUUGGUGAAAUGCAUAUAUCUGUGAUUUUAGUGUCUUAUAUUUCAUGAUUAUCAACCAACAUUGUUUAUAACAAUAAAAAGGUUUAUAUUAUUUGGUCCAAUUCCCUGUU